CACAAUGGACACACCUCUUGAUAAGGGCGUGUAGAAAUACCUGUACUCAACAUGCUAUGUUAACAUACGACCACAGCAUUGUGUAGCAUAGAUCGGUCCUUGCAUGCAGCGAAAAAUCAUGUUAUUUUUAUUUCUUGUCAUCGUUGGGAUGUGGUCCCAAAUGGCAAGCGGUGAGGAAAUGUCGAAUCCCGUAAUUGGUAUGUCUCCAACAACAGCGAAUCUUGCAAAUCAGUUCAUCAAACUGAAACAUGACAUCCGAUAUAAAGAAAGUUUGCGACUAAAGGCAAAACUAGAACUGAACCAGCGUGUGACAGAACUGGAACGUGAACGUGCAUCAGAUAUGAACGAGUUUAACAAACGCAUCACAGACCUCAAACGUUUACGUGAAGCGGAUGGUGACGUCAUCCGUAACUUGACAAAUGCCCUAAGAUCGCUGCGAUCCGAAAACACUGUGUUAAAGGCAAAGCUAGACAAGGGAUUAAUAACAACCGAAGUUGCUAGAGGAUUGCCGACAACGUUUGCAAACUUUCGAUCAGGUUCGUCUGAAGCCACGGUUGCGUUCCAUACUAUCCUUACCGACCCUCUGAUAAACCCCGGUGUACACCAAACCAUUAUCUUCGACAAGGUCGUCACGAAAGUUGGAGCUCAAAUCAGCAACAACACUGGCGUCUUCACCUGUGAUCAGUCUGGUGUUUAUGUGUUUUCCUGGCAGAUACUUCUGGAGGGCUCCAACUAUAUAAUUUCUGAACUAGCUAAAAACGGUCAAAGUGUAGGAUCACAAGAAAUUGGUAACACUAUAUACACGAUAUCGGGGUCGUCCACUGCGGUGGUAACAUUGGCGUAUGGUGAUGAGGUUUGGGUGAGAGUCGUCGCCCUUUCCCCUGGAUCUGAUGUACUGCCAAACCUAACUAUGUUCGCAGGGUUCCGGCUUCCAUGAUGUAUUGCUUUAUGUUGUCCUGUUAACAAAACUGAAAUUAAAAGCAACACCGGAAUGAAUAGUUAAUAUGUAUCACGUUCGAAUAUAUUUUUUCAACAAA